AUGCGACGUCAAGGACCAGCUGUAAGAGUGCCUGUUGAUCCUGAGAUAGAGAAGACUUGCCGGCAGAACAGAAGAAACAAAAGGUUGGAAAGAGUUGUACACAGGAUUGAGCAAGAGGAAGUUAUGGCCAACUACAGUAAUAAUGGGGGUGCCAUAGAAGACCCAGCUAAUGGUCAGAAUCCACCCGACCGUAGCUUGAGGGACUAUGUGUUGCCAACAAUGAUAGGGGUCCAGUCUUGUAUAAGACCACCCACCGUAGAUGCAAAAAAUUUCGAAAUAAAGCCAGCCAUACUUCAGAUGGUUCAAUCCACAGUCCAAUUUGGGGGACUACCCACUGAAGACCCAAACAUGCAUCUCUCUAACUUCAUGGAGCUCUGUCAGACAUUUAAUAUGAAUGGAGUUAGUGAUGAUGCUAUCAGACUUAGAUUGUUCCCAUUUUCUCUGAGGGAGCGAGCUGAGAGUUGGUUGGUAUCUUUGCCACCUAACUCAAUCAAUACAUGGAAUGAUCUAGCACUGAAGCUCCUCUCCAAGUUUUUCCCUCCAGCUAAAGCAGCUAAGUUGAGAGGAGAGAUCAAUAAUUUUUCUCAGUUGGAUAAUGAGUCUCUUUAUGAAGCUUGGGAGAGAUUCAAAGAAUCGAUAAGAAAGUGCCCGCAUCACAGAAUAGAGAAAUGGAUGCUAGUCCAUAAUUUUUAUAAUGGGUUGUGUGGUACUACUCGCACACUCAUUGAUGCAGCAGCUGGUGGUGCGUUUAUGAGAAAAAGCGCCAAUGAGGCUUAUGACUUGUUGGAAGAAAUGGCCAUGAAUAAUCAGCAGUGGCCAAGUGAAAGAAGCUCUUCAAGGAAAGUGGCCGGUAUGUAUGAAGUGGAUGCAAUUUCAAAAUUGACCGUUCAAGUUGAGGCCUUGACUAAGCAAUUGCAAGGCAAUGUAAUAACAGCUCCAGUGCAACAGGCCCAAACUCUGUGUGAAUUAUGUGGGGGCCCUCAUGCCUAUGAACAGUGUCAGUAUGCUGAUGUAAACAACAUGCCUAUGGAGCAAGCUCAGGCUAUUGGGAAUUUUCCUCGACAGAGCAACAAUAACCCUUACUCCAAUUCCUUUAAUCAAGGGUGGAGGAAUCAUCCCAACUUUUCUUGGAAGAAUGAUCAGCAAGGCCAAUCGUCAAACCAACAACAGUCAUUCCAACAACAGCCACAGGGGUUCUUUCAGCCGAGAUUUAGGCAGCAACAACAACCCCAACCGCCCACUCAUCAUCAGCAACAACAAAAUUCUGGUGGAAAUUCUAAUGCUCAGUUAGAUGUGUUAAACCAAUUCAUGGCUGAAACUCGGUCUUCUAUUAGAAAUUUGGAGAUCCAAAUGGGACAAUUGGCUACUCUCAUGGCUAAUCGUGCCCAAGGUAACUUGCCUAGCACCACUGAAGUCAAUCCGAAAGAGAAUUGCAAGGCAAUCAUGUUAAGAAGUGGGAAGAAUUAUGAGGGACCAAGCGAGAAGCAGCCAGUUGAAGAAGUAGGUUAG